CCUUCAAUUUUCCCUGUAGAAAACCCUCUUGUUUUUCCCACUUUCUUCUAUUGAACUAAACCAAACCCUAAUAGAAUGAGCAACAUAAGCUUGGUGGAGGCCAAGCUGCCACCGGGGUUCAGGUUCCACCCUCGAGACGAAGAACUCGUCUGCGAUUACUUGAUGAAGAAGGUAGCUUCGACCGAUACCUUGCGGCUCAUGAUCGAAGUCGACCUCAACAAGUGCGAGCCGUGGAUAUUCCCGGUAUGUGUUGAUAUGCAUAUCAUUUUUUCAUUGAAUUCGAUGGCAGAAAGGACAGCAGUGGGAGGGAAGGAGUGGUAUUUUUACAGCAAAAGAGAUAGGAAAUAUGCAACGGGGGUGAGGACAAAUAGGGCAACGUGCAGUGGGUAUUGGAAGGCAACGGGGAAAGAUAGGGCAGUCCUUAGCAAGGGCAAGCCUGUUGGGAUGAGAAAAACUUUGGUGUUCUACAAGGGCAGGGCUCCCAAGGGCACUAAAACUGAUUGGGUAAUGCAUGAAUUCAGGCUUGAAGAUCCCCUUUCACCCCCCAACAUUUACACUCUUAAGGAAGAUUGGGUCUUAUGCCGGGUGCUCCACAAAACCAACCCUAGAAGCAUGGGAAUCUGUUCGGACGACACAAGCUCAUCAUCUCUACCACCGUUGAUGGACCCCUACACAAUCUCCGACCAAAUCCGACCGAGCUCCGACGAACAAGUGCCAUGCUUCUCCACCAUGUUGUCCACCCGAAACCCAAGCUUCAACGACAUGCAAGUACCGAACGUGCAUGCAAAAACCCUAACGUCGUCUUCUUCUUCCUCGGUCGAACAUCAUCAUCAACAACAACAACAAAUGAUCUCGGCAAGCAUUGACAACAACAUUACUUCUUGUCUAGACUCGUUCCCCAGUGACAGGACGGUCAUUGAAGACGUGCUGAGCAAUCUUAGUCUGUUAGACACUUACUUGAACGUCAAGGAAUCGACGAGCUUCGAUGAAGUUAGUAAUUCCGACCAGAGCUACUUGUCCGAAAUGUGGGAUUGUCCAACAUUUGGAAUUAAUUGAAUAUUGAAGAUUAGGUGAUCAGGGUUUAGGGUUUAUCAUUGUUUGUAAAUACAAUUAAACAAAUUUGGGGUAUCAUCAAGAUCCCCGUUUCUUUAAACAUUGUUUAA